UGUACGCUACAGUAGGAUCAUAUGACUUUAGUCGAUGAAAAUGAAAGCUGGGUGCAGCCAGCUUAAACCUGCAGUGCUUAUUUUGGUCUUUAAUUUAUGUUUUUAUGGAAGUUAUCAAGUAACCGAUCUGCAGGUAUGUGAGCUCUGCAGCGGUGCUGUCCUUAAUGGCACUGCAGUGGGCCGGUUCUGCUCCUCAUCCGCUGGUCGGAUAGAAGGACGAUGCUGCUUGAGAAAUGACAACACAAGUGACCCUGAACACAUCAUCGGGUUGGAUCUGUCCAAUUGUUCACUAACUCAUGUGGAGGAUCUCCAGAGAGCAUCAACAGCAUUAAUGAUAGACCUCUCACUCAAUCCAAUUGUCAACAUCAGUGAAGCAGCCUUCCAAGGAUUUAUUGAGUUAAAUUACAUGAUUUUACCACAAGACAUAUUUUGCCCAGGGGGCAACACUUCUUGGGAAAAGGUAGAGGUCAAAGAGGGAAAUCGUUUCUGUGAAGGCCAAAAAGAUACGUGCAACCAGACCGGACAGCUGUCCAUGAACUGCCCGGAGAACUCCCUCUGCGCGCCCUACGGCCCGAGCUUCUUCGAGUGUAGCUGUGCUGACGCCUAUCAUGGAUACAAGUGUCUGCGAGAGGGGGAGUUCCCUCUUCUGCAGGUGUUUGCGCCUCUUGGAGUGUCUACAUUUGUCAUCUCUCUCCUGCUGUGGCUCACCCAGAGACGUAAGGCCGAGCCACUCUGAACUGCACUCAACUUUCUUUAAUCCCUGAUGAUCUACUGAGCUAUAGUCGAAAGGGAAAAUGCUGACACAAAGUCUGAGGUGACCCCAGGCUUUUUUUUUAAAACGACAUUUUGUAUUACUGCGUGUCAGCUUUAUUUAAUUUACGUACAUUUUAAAAACUGACAUUUUCAUCAGUGCAAUUUUAGGAAGAAAGUAAAUUGAACAUUUUAAAUAUUUCUACCUUUUGUCAAUAAUACCAAUGUUACCAAUUUAAUUAUAUUUUUUAAAUGACUCAAGAUAUUAAUGAGCAAGUUAUAUUAAAGAGCAUUCUGAGGCUUUGCUUGAUAUUAUCUGUGCCGAACGUGCACUGAAUGUGUGUGAGUUUACACGAUGGAACUACUAAUUUCACAAAGUGUUGCUGCAUGUUGAACAUGUGCUUCACUCACAGCAAAACCAAGUCCUGAUCAAAAAUGUUUCGAUUUUUUUACUGUAUAAAGUUACAUUUUAAAAGUGAGUCAUUGAGUUGAACUACUACAGCACACUAUCUAGUCUUCACCUGCUUUUAGCACAUCUUAAUCUGAACACAUCUGAAUGUAUCUGAUCAAAUGUGUUUAGUCAAAUGUGAAAUAUGUUGAUGGGAAAGUGGUUUUGAUGCUUCUUCACAAUGAGAUUGAGAGUUUUAAUAUAAAGUUCUAAUAAAAUAUUAAGAACAGUA